AGAAUUACAUCAUGUGUACCUAUCACUUUGCCAACUGGCGUAGGUACUUUCUGAUAGCAAGAACAAAAAUACGGACAGCAUUAUAAAUACCACAAGAACGUUACGUAUUAAAAUAAAAUGGACGCUUGCAGUUAAACUGGACCGCCGAAGCAUCGUCAUGUCGAUGCGAAAAUUUCUCAUGAUCAGCUCUAAUGUCCAUCAGUAAUGAAAAACCGUUGAGACGACCGAGAAACAGCGCACCGGUGCCUCCCACCGAAGAAGCUCCUCCCCGGCGCGCCAAAGCUGACAGUGCUCCUGCAGCGGCUGCGGUGAAUUUUACUGAAGACACACCGCCAGAUCAGCCACCAAAAGCAGCGUCAUUCGCCGCUGACGAAGAAAACGCCACAUGUGCGAUCACCAACAAGCUUAUCACAACCAACAAAGUCCCGUCGGUAAUAUUGCCGGAAGAAAUUCCCUUCGCCCGCUUAAUCUUACGCCGUGACCGGUCGACACAUUUUUUCGACAUCGGCCGCGCCGUUCUGAGUAUGCAUCUGAACGAGCGUGCUUGCGACUGCGCGGUGGUGUGCGGAAGGAAACGCCACUUGGCCCACCGCGUGGCACUAGCGGCACAUUCCAGUUAUUUUAAAAGUCUUCUGUACUCCACGGGAGACCAGCUACCAGUGGACGUACCAGCCGACGGUGUGCAACCGCGAGCCAUGGACGACAUUCUGACGUACAUUUACUCGGGCGACAUCAACAUCAACUUUGUCACCGCGAUGGAUGUCAUGGCCUCGGCUCAGAUACUGCAAAUGAAAGGCUUGGCGGAGAGGACGUGUGAUUUUGUUGAUCUUAUCCUGUCAAGUGAGAAUCUCAUGACAACCCUGGAGCUGGCCGAGCGUUCUGGUGCAGAAUCGUUGUAUGCCGAAGCGUAUAAGAGAUUGGCGCUUAAUUUCUACUCGCAAACGAAAAUGACGGUUUUUCUUCUCUGGGACGUGGACAAAGUUUGCCGUCUGCUUGGUGACGAUAAUAUUAUUAUCGAGACAGAGAUGCACAUAUUCAUUGCCGCGAUGCGCUGGAUGAAUUAUCGCCGUUCGGAACGGAAAGUCCAUUUCAAGCGCUUAAUGGAAUGUGUCAGAUGGGUAUACAUGACCACCGAGGAGGUACUGAAAUGCGUCGAUAUGGAGCAAGAACUCGUGCGCAGUAACGAUGUCCGCCCGGUGCUGAUCGAUGCAACUUGGUACACAACCUUGAAAUCCUAUGAUGUCACGUGGAGAGACUAUCCCAUACCGUUGCCUCGAGUCAGGUUUCUGCGGCACGAAGAUCCACAAACCGUUGUCAACCGAAUUCGGGUUUCCUUGGCCAGCAAUCGCCAUCCGUCUUUCGAUACUUUGUGGCCAACACGAGAAGCAAAACAUCGACCCGGCUCUGGACGGUCGAAGAUGCGGAGUUUACCUUCUCCGGGACCACACGGCAACCGGUUUUCGAAUGGUACGCUGACAUCAAAAACCACAAAAUCCCACCGCGUCUACAGAAGCGAGAGUGGUGAUUUCGUGAUGGAAAGCGCGUAUGCAGAGGCUCCUCGGCGCUCCUCUGUCCGGCGUGGAAUAUUUCAGCGGGGAGAGAGGUCCAUCAAAGCGCCAUUAUCACCACCGGGUACGCGACCGGCUUCUCCUCCUCGAAAUAUACCACGAAGAAAUGUUAGUCGCUCUCACCGUGCAACUCACGAUGGGAUCGCUGGUCGCAAAUCGCCUGGUAUACUGCAGGUAGCGAAAGUCAAGCUACAGCAAAUUCGUCAUAGCGCUCCGACUGUUCCUCCUCGACCUUAUAAAAAUCGGUAGCUUUUUGGGCUUUUUAUUACAAAUACGAAAUACUUUGGUAGGCGUUGUCGCCACACAUUUUAUUAUCAUGUUUGCGAGUAUUGCCGGCAACAAGAACGUUGCUUUUAUUUUAACUUUGAUGCGUUAAUACAUAUUUUGGUGCUGUUUUUGAGUGUGUCUUUUAUUAAAAGCAGAAAGAUCUG